ACCGGGCCCCCGGGGCGUUGGCAGGCGGUGCGGACCGCAGCCGGAGGCCGGCCGACCUGGCUUCUCCUUCAGGAUGAGCUGCUCAGAGCGCGGGAGGGGGCCCCUGCCUCUCUGAGUUCGGGGGGACGGCUUCCCGACGGUGCUUCCCGACCGCCGCCGUUACUCGGCCGACGCCCUGGGUCUCUGAGCACGUCAUUAAGAUGCCUUAGUGGAACCAUGGAGAAGUACGUCAGAGUACAGAAGAUUGGAGAAGGCUCCUUCGGAAAAGCCAUCCUUGUUAAAUCCACAGAAGAUGGCAGGCAGUAUGUUAUCAAAGAAAUCAACAUCUCAAGGAUGUCUAACAAGGAGAGGGAAGAAUCGAGGAGAGAGGUUGCAGUGCUGGCGAACAUGAAGCAUCCGAACAUCGUCCAGUACAGGGAGUCCUUCGAAGAAAACGGCUCUCUUUACAUAGUGAUGGACUACUGUGAAGGAGGGGACCUGUUUAGACGAAUAAAUGCCCAGAAAGGUGUUUUGUUUCAAGAGGAUCAGAUUUUGGACUGGUUUGUACAGAUAUGUUUGGCCCUGAAACAUGUACAUGAUAGAAAAAUUCUUCAUCGAGACAUCAAAUCACAGAAUAUAUUUUUAACCAAAGAUGGGACGAUACAACUUGGAGAUUUUGGAAUCGCUCGAGUUCUUAACAGCACUGUGGAGCUGGCUCGAACUUGCAUAGGGACCCCGUACUACUUGUCACCUGAGAUCUGUGAAAACAAACCUUAUAAUAAUAAAAGUGACGUCUGGGCUCUGGGGUGCGUCCUUUACGAGAUGUGCACACUUAAACAUGCAUUUGAAGCUGGCAGCAUGAAGAACCUGGUGCUGAAGAUAAUUUCCGGGUCUUUCCCGCCUGUGUCUCUGCAUUAUUCCCACGACCUCCGCAAUUUGCUCUCUCAGUUAUUUAAAAGGAAUCCGAGGGACAGACCGUCCGUCAACUCCAUCCUGGAGAAGGGUUUUAUAGCCAGACGCAUUGAGAAGUUUCUCUCCCCUCAGCUUAUUGCAGAAGAAUUUUGUCUAAAAACAUUUUCCAAGUUUGGAGCACAGCCUAUACCAGCGAAGAGACCAGCUUCAGGACAGAGCUUGGCUUCUGUUGUGUCUGCUCAGAAAAUUACAAAGCCUGCUGCUAAAUACGGAGUGCCCUUAACGUACAAGAAAUACGGAGACAAAAAGUUACAUGAGAAGAAACCUCUCCAAAGACAUAAACAGACCCAUCAAACUCCAGUGAAGAAAAUGAAUCCUGGAGAAGAAAGGAGGAAAAUGUUUGAGGAAGCACCAAGAAAGAGAAGAUCGGAAUUGACUGAAAAAGAGAAGAAACACAAGGAUCAGAUCAGCUUCCUGAAGGCCGAGCAGCUGAGAAGGCAGGAGAAGGACAGGCUGGAGAAGAUAAAUCGGGCCAGGGAGCAGGGCUGGAGAGACGUGCUGAGCGCUGGUGGAGGCGGCGAGGUCAAGGCUCCCUUUUUUGGCAGUGGAGGGGCUGUGGCUCCAGCAUCUUUUUCUUCUCGAGGACAGUACAAGCAUUAUCACGCUAUUUUCGAUCAGAUGCAGCAGCAAAGAGCAGAAGACCGCGAGGUGAAGUGGAAAGGAAACAUCCCCGGCCGAAGACCUUUGGAAAGGCCAAGGGGGCCGCCGGCCGCGGAGCGAGCCAGACAAGUGGAGGAGUUCCUGCAGCGGCGGCGGGAGGCCCGGCAGAACAAGGCGCGGGCCGAGGGCCACCUGGGAAUCCUGCACAACCUGGCAGCCCUGUGCGGAGGCAGGCCCAGCUCUUCAAGAGGAGGGAAGCCAAGGAGCAAAGAGGAAGAGGUUUAUCUGGCAAGGCUGAGACAAAUAAGACUGCAGAAUUUCAAUGAGCGCCAACAGAUUAGAGCCAAGCUUCGUGGUGAAAAGAAGGAGGCUGAUAGCCCCGAAGGACAAGAGGGAAGCGAGGAGGCUGGCGUGAGGCGGAAGAAGGUUGAAGCACUUAAGGCCCAAGCGAGUGCGCGCGCUGCGGUCCUGAAGGAGCAGCUGGAGCGGAAGAGGAGGGAGGCGUAUGAGAGGGAGCGGAAGGCGUGGGAGGAGCAGCUGGUGGCUAAAGGAAUAAAGAACUCAGAUAUGUCUCCGCCUUCGGGGCAGCAUGGGGCAGGUGGCUCUCCCUCAAAGCAGCAGAUGAGACCCGUUAUUUCUGUGACUUCAGCUUUGAAAGAAGUGGGUUUGGACAGAAGCUUAACUGACACGCAGGAAACCCCGGAAGAAGCGCAGAAGACCAGCAGUGCUGUUUCAAGUAAGCGAGAAAUACUUCGUCGGUUAAAUCAGAAUAUUAAAGCCCAAGAAGAGGAGAACGAGAAGCAGGGCCCCUCUGAGCCGGAGCUGAGCACUGCGCACGAGGACGCCCCGGGGCAGGAGAGGGAGAGGGCCCCGGCCGAUCGCAGGAAGUGGGAGGCCGGCGGCCGGCUGGCCGUGCCCGCGGAGGGGCUGACCCUGGACACAUCCUUCUCUGCCUCGGGAAAGCAUACAGUGGGAGAGGUUAUUAAAUUAGAUCCUGGUGGAUCUCCAAGAAUCUGGGGGAGAAGCCCUACUGAUUCUGUUCUGAAGAUCCUUGGAGAAGCUGAGCUGCAGCUGCAGACGGGGCCGUUGGAGGACACAGUGCUUGGGAGCGAGAUUUCUCCUGAAAGGGAGAAGUGCAAACCCUUAAUGACAGGAGAAGAAGAAGUAAAAUGUAUUUCACCUGAGACGGACCUCUCAGCUACUGCUGAUUCUUCUGUUGAGACAAACGGUCAAAACUUGAGUGAGGCGUCUCCACAGUCAUCGCUGAAACCAGAAGGAAAUGGGGAUGAGCCUGACGACUUGGAAACAGAAGUCCUGCAGGAGCUGAGGGCAGCAGACGGAGGGGGCGGCUCCCCGCACACGGCCGUGGACGUGUGGGUUAGCGAAGUGGAGGGGGCACACGCAGCUGAGUUGCAAGAUAGGAUCACCAUUCAGCAAAGUGAGGCUUCUGAGGAUGGAGCCCCGGGGAGAACGGAGCAGCUUGGUGAGCCUCACGGAGAACCUGGAGCGGAUGAUUCUCAGCAUUCGGAGUGUGGUGUAGAGAAAUCUGUGCCACCAGAGCCGUUUUUCCACAGGGUGUUUCAUCCUAACCACUUGAGUGUCGCCUUUCAUGUUCAGUCACCUCUGUGUUCACGAGGAGAAUCCUUCCCACUUCGGCCUCACUCUGAUUCACCACCAAAAAGCAGGAAACAGAAUUCCUUGCUGAUUGGACUUUCAACUGGUCUGUUCGAUGCAAAUAACCCAAAGAUGUUGAGGACUUGUUCGCUUCCAGACCUCUCAAAGCUGUUCCAAACGCUGAUGGACGUCCCCACUGUCGGAGAUGUGCGGCAGGACAGUCUUGAAAUGGAUGACGUGGAAGAGGAGCACGUGAAGGAGGGACCUUCGGACUCUGAGGACAUCGCGUUCGCGGAGGCCGACGCAGACCUGCAGGAGCUGCAGGCGUCCAUGGAGCGGCUGCUGCGGGAGCCAGGGGACGAGGACAGCGAGGAGGAGCGGCCGGCGCUGCGGAGCAGCGGCGCGGGGCCGGGCCCCGGGGACGAGGACGACAACCCCAGUAGCGACAGCGCGCUGCACGAGGCCUGGCACUCGGACAACAGUGAUGGUGAGGUCACUAGUGAGUGCGAAUACGAGAGUGUCUUUAACCAUCUCGAGGAACUGAGGCUUCACCUGGAGCAGGAAAUGGGCUUUGAAAAGUUCUUUGAGGUUUAUGAGAAAAUAAAGGCUGUUCAUGAGGAUGAAGAUGAAAAUAUUGAGAUUUGUUCAACAGUAGUUCAGAAUCUGCUGGGACAUGAGCAUGAGCAUCUUUAUGCCAAGAUUCUUCAUCUGGUCAUGGCAGACGGGGCUUAUCAGGAAGAUAAUGAUGAAUAAUCCUGAGAACAUUCUUUAAUCCUCAACUAUAUGGAAGUAUUUAAAUUUGGCUUAUCAGAGUAAUACGCUUCAGUGGGAAAUGUAGCAAUUUUUUAUAAACGAAAUGCGAAGAUUUAAGGUGGGCAUGCUGAUCGCAUGAAAAUGAUGGAGAAACAUGCCAUUUUCAAUUAAAUUCUAGUUUUUUAUCUAUUUUAUUUUGUUUGUUGAGUUCUAUAGUUACCUCCUACAGAAAAUAUACUUUAUUAAGUCAUCCAACCAAAGUGUAAGAGUCAUUGAUCCAGACUGGACUUAAUGAUUUUGAAGAAGACUUGCCGUGCAGCAGGUAACUUUCACUUUCAGCAGAUGUCUUUAAGUUGAAAGAAUUACUUUUGUUGUGAAGGACCUGUGUGGUUUUUCAUGUAAGUAUUUGUGUGACUUUUUGUUGUUGUUGUUGUUUACUUUUUUCAUGGCCAGCAAUUCUGGAUUAAAUAACCUUGUCAAGGGCUCUCUUUAAAUCUUUAUAUUUCUUUACAUUUCAAAGAUGGAAUUUUUAGCCUUAAACUUUAUAUUCUCAGUCCUUUCUCAGCCAGUGUGUCUCCUGAGUUAGCUCAGUGGAAAUAGAAUAUACAAACAAUCUUAGAAUUCAUCGAAACAUUUGAUUAUGAAACAAUAGCAAAAGUAUAUUUGCUUAUAUUUAAAAAGUUGGUUAAUUAUUUUUGCGUCUCUUUGAGGACCAGAACCAGGAAGAUUGUAUCUGAAAAUUAGUCUGCGGGUUUUAACACUGACCCAAGCAUAUAGCAUACAGUUGCCCUCUUUGUUUCUAACUUCCUCUCAUGCAUGUACUUCAAGGGCGGUUGAGACUGAAAAGGAGAAAGGAGUUGUUUCUGUUUUGACACUGUGACAGUUUUGGUAACAGGUGUUCCAAAGGGGCAAAGGUUGGCUUCUUUUGUUUCCAUCAUGAGAGGAUGCGGUUGGAUCGUUAACGAUGAUGGGCACAGCUUCAGGUGCAGUGUGCCAAGUGUUACACGGGUUCAUUAGAGUUGUCUGAAAUCCAGAUGCUUUUAGUAAUAAAAGCAGAAUUUUUGAAACUCUUGAGUACAAAGCAGCCUGAUUGGCAUAAUCUGUAAUUUGACCAGUAAAAAAUUAUCUUGCAGCACUAUCAGUACUAUGCUGAACUUGUUAUGUAUAUUAUUUCUAACAUCUAAAACUAAAUACUUGAUUUUUAUAUGUUUGUUUACUUCAUGAUAUUACUAUUAAAUUGUUAUUAUCUACCUGAA